GGGACUACAACAGGACUACGGCAGACCAGAGCCGGCUCUAAACCUGGUCUAAAGCAGGACUCGGUCUGAACCAGGUCUACAGAACCGAACCACAUGUGGACUGGUCCAAACCAGGACUAAAGAGGGACUAAGAUGAGGUCCCUGUGGGCUGUGGUCCUGCUCCUGGUCUGGGUCUUGGAUUUGGUCUGUGGUGAAGAUGAUCCAGACGUCUGCUCCUCCACGAGCGUCCGUCUCCGUUCGUUCCGGAUCGUCACGUCUCCGUGUAACUUCACCACUUUGCGGGAGUCUCAGGUGAAGUCGGUCCAGUCCUGGUCCUUGGUCUUGGUCCUGCCCCUGGUCCAGAUCCUGGUCUUGGUCUUGGCUCUGCCCUCGAACCUCGUGGCUUUGUGGGUCUUGUUGUUUCGGUCCAAACGGGUCCCGUCCACGUCUCUGCUGGUGACGCUGACAGUGUGCGACCUGUCGGUGCUUCUGGCCCUGCCCUUCCGGGCGGCGUAUCACCUGUCGGGGAACCACUGGGCGCUGGGCGAGGCCGCGUGCCGCCUGGUGGUGGCGCUGUUCUACGGGAACAUGUACGGCUCGGUGCUGUGCUUGGCGUUCGUGGCGGUGGACCGCUACGUGGCGCUCGUGCACCCGUUCCGCGCGCGUGUCGUGCGCUCGCGGGGGACGGCGGGGCUCAUGGUGACGGGGGUGUGGCUCACGGUCGCCGCGGCGAUGCUCCCGCCGCUUCUCACGCGUCAGACGUUCGACCUGGACGAGCCGCGCAUCACCACGUGUCACGACGCGCUGCCGCAGAGCCACCGGGAGGCGCUGCUGCUCCCGUACUUCCUCUGUCUGUUCUGCGCGUGCUUCGCGGCGCCGCUGCUCGUCGUCGUUUUCUGUCACGGGGCGAUUCUUCACACGCUGUUACGUCACGGCGAGCGUCACGGCGGAGAGCGGUACGGCCACGCGGUCAGGGCCACGGCGCUCGUGCUGCUCGUCUUCGCCGUGAGCUUCGUCCCGAGUAACGUCCUGCUGCUGCUGUCGCUGACGGACGACGGCGAGGGGGCGGAGCCUGACCUGUACGGGCCGUACAUGCUCAGUUUGGCUCUGAGCGUCGUCAACACGCUGCUCGACCCGUUCAUCUACUGCUACGUCUCCAGCGACUUCCGGGACAAAGCCCUCGCCGCCGUCUGCCGCCGCCGACGUCAUCGUGACCCCGCCCAACGCUCCGCCUCCAAACCCACGUCACCACGGCAACAGACCAAAGUCACACUACUGUCCCCGCCCACCGGCCACAGCACGGACACGCCCACAGAUACGGACACGCCCACCAACCACACAGACACGCCCACAGACAUAGACACGCCCAUCAACCACAGACACGCCACAGACACACGCCACAGCCAUAUAGACACGCCCACAGACAUAGACACGCCCAUCAACCACACAGACACGCCCACAGACAUAGACACGCCCACAGACAUAGACACGCCCAUCAACCACACAGACACGCCCACAGAUACGGACACGCCCAUCAACCACACAGACACGCCCACAGAUACGGACACGCCCAUCAACCACACGGACACGCCCACAGCCAUAGACACGCCCAUCAACCACACGGACACGCCCACAGCCAUAGACACGCCCAUCAACCACACGGACACGCCCACAAAGGUCUGA